CGCACAAUCUGCUACUUCGUGGUGAAGUGCAGCCUUGAAAUGGAAUCCGGCGGGCAUGUCCUUCGGCGCCUUUCGCAAAUUGCUCAACCUGCUCGGUAUGGCUCUGCUCUCCCAUUCAUCCAUUACAGGCCGACCUGAGACAGGACUCACUGCAUCCCCUACCCCCUCCUCGCGGCUUGGUGUCUCUUCCGUAGACGAGCUGGUUGACGGCGCACUAGGGUGGUCGUCACUGUCGUCUCUGGUGCGGGAACUGGCGCUGCUCCCAGACGCCACUGUUUCCGAUAAAGAGAUACGGAAGACCAAACGUAUCUCCUCAGAGAUCUGGUCAGAUUCGGUUCAUUCGAAAAAUCCCAAGAUUCAGAUCGUCGUUGCUGAUGUGUACCCUAUAUUGUCACAUCAGCUCGUCAUUGCGAACACACCUACCAGGACUCAGCUCGUUACAUUUGUCAAAUCGAUACACAGAUUGCAGCUCACACAGGUCGUUACAAAUACGGCUGCUCGGGCGUUCCGUGCAGUUAUGGUCUUCGAGCGAGCUCGUCUAUUGCCAAUCACUUCAGCUCACCGCCAUGACCGGCCCACACUAAUGUGGCCGGGAAUACCAGCUCGCCCAUACAUUUUCAAUCUCGCGAGCUCGCCUCUUCUCGUUUUACCUAUUAGCUCGCCCCUUAUCGAGGACAGCGGUAAUGUUGGGAUAGGCCCAAAGCCCAAACAGGACUAUGCAUAACCCAGUUCGUCAACCGAACACCGGGGGGGGAGUAAUGUUGGGAUAGGCCCAACGCCCAAACAGGACUAUGC